AUGUGCAUCGUCACCAUCGUCAGCAUCCUCCGCCUCAAAUACAUGAUCCAGUUCGCGCAAACCACCAACGUAACCUGGGACUACCUACCCAUAGGAUACUGGUCCGCCAUCGAAGCCCACGUCGGCGCCAUCGUCGCCUGCGCACCCGCUAUCCGCCAGCUACAGCGCUCCAUCCGCGAACGCAUCUGGCCCAAACAGAAGACACCAAGCCAAUACUACUACGCAGAGAACUCUGGUAACAGCAGCAAGAAGAAUAACGGCAGCAAAGACCUCAAAUCCCGCAUCUGGCUACCAAAGACCGACCGCUCUCAACUGAGCACGCUUGGUCGGAGUAAGAUGGACAAAGACGACUUCGUCCGCCUGGACGAGUACGAGAUGGGGGUUGGCAUGAGCGGAAAGGACGGAGUCCUUACAGAUAGGAAUUCACCGGAGAACUCUUCGGAAGGGUCGCUGGAUCGGUCGUUCAAGUCGAAUGAGGAUGUGCAACCGUUGGCCGAUGUUGCGGCGCCGGCGCCGGUGGUUGGCUCACCAAUGGGCGGUAUUAUGGUGCAGUCGGAGUACAGUGUUGAUCGGGGGAGCUCGCAUCCGAGUUUGCAGGCUUUACCACCGAUUCAACAUAAGAAGGAGAAGUCGUUGGAUGCGAGGAGGUGGCUUUGA